AUGGAAGACCCAUCGGAUAGUUGCUUGGAAGUUGUUGAAAUGGAAAGGUCAGGUGCGGAGCAACCCUCAGCACCCUCACGAGGAAGAGCAGUCGGCGAGGCUGAGAAUAGGGACCCAGCAGAGAAGCCUCUGCCUUCAGAAGCUACAGACACCAUGCAGUCGGAGGAGCAGUCUGUGUACAGUCUGGAGCAGUCAGCUCUGAAGGAGCAGGAGGAGUCAAGUUCAGCAGAGUGGGAAUUACCCAGCGAAGGACUAGGCAACCAAGAAGUGGUCGGAAAUAAUGAGUGGGAUGUAUUUGAGCCAUAUUCCCCAUUCAGCGCAUCGUCUGAGAGCACAUCUCCUGUUACCAGUGACAAUUGUACUUUAUUUGAAGUAGAAAAUUCAGAAAGAGAAGAGCAAACAUCUCAAAACUCGGUACUAUCAGAGAAUACGGCAAGUGGGACAGUAACAGGAAGCGUGAUUGAAGAUGAUGAAGCUGUUAGGAGGACUUGGGCUACCUUUGAUGAAACUAUCCAGUCUGAGAAGUUGUGUCUUGAUCAGGAACAUUUUCCUGGGAAAGGAUUUCAACAGGAGUAUCACAUGCCUGAUGUCAUCACUGUCAGAGUACAAACAGAUUCUGAUUCAUUCCAAGAUGUAGUUGUGAAAAUUGAAAGACCUACCUAUCAUAAACCAUUUCUGGGUGGAUUUAAGAACAGGAUAACAGGAGUGGAAUUUCAUAAUGCAGGAUCACAAACAAUACCCAAAAAACGACCUGACAAAGAAAUUAAGUUAUUUUGUAGGGAAACACAGACGGUUUUCCAAAAAAAUAAGCCACAGCAAACAAAAAACACAACAUCAACACAGAUGACUAAAAUUGGCCUGUAUGUGUCAGAUAUGACUGACAAACUAAUAAGUCCUGGGAAGUAUCUUACAGCGGAAGAAUAUCAUAAACGUAGACUUGAAGCAGUGAUAGUAUUACAGACAUAUUUCCGUCGUUGGCAUGCUAUACAUGUAGUACAAAAUCUGAGGGAAGAAAAGAGGUUAAGGCUGGCAUGGGAGGCACAAGAAGAGUUACGGAGGGAAAAAGAGAAAGAAGAAAAACUGAGAAGGGACCAUGAGCGAAGACUGAACCCUAAAACAAAAGAAGACUUUGAGCUACUGUACCAUGCUUUAGAAUUAUGGAGGCAGGAGGAGACUGAACGGAUUAACAGAACUCUUACUGGAGCUGAAAGAAAGGCAGCAUUUUGUGGACUUCUGGAACAAGAGACACAGCUGAUUGCUUCCAUUGGGAGACACAAACUAAACGCAGAUGAGGAGAAUCAACAAAAAACAAUACUGCACUUUCUGAAAAAG